AUGGAAGACCAUCGAGUAUCAUCAUCGACAUCCUCAGAUCGCACCAGGACGAGAAGAAAACCAAAAAGUGUCCUGGUGCUGACUCUGCAUCCUUGGUUCCUUGUAGGAGAUGUCCUUGCAGAAAAACUGGAGAGGAUAGCCAUCAUGAGAGCCAUUAAUAGGCAGACUUUGAAUAAUUUUACGAAGGAUAGUGUUAACCAGACGAAGGUCUCCAGGAAGUACAACCAGACUUUUAUUAAUCUGGUUCCAAAAGUUGAUGAUGAUGGGGUAAUAGACUCUUCUGGUGUCCAGGAUGAGUUGACUUUUAGAUUGCCUACUGGUGUGGUGCCAGUGCAUUAUGAUUUAUUGCUGAGGCCGCAUUUGAUGAAUAGACCUGAUGGUGGUGAUGAGGAUUUUGAGGGUUUCUUGGUUUUGACGAUAAAUGUGACAGAUCCAACAAAACGUUUAAUCUUACACUCCAAAAAUCUCAACAUAACAUCCCACAAAAUCGAUAGAAGACAAUCGAAUUUUUCCAAAAGACAAUCGAACGUCGAUCUUACCCCCACAAGUGCCCAAAGUGAUUCCUUCAACACUAGUGAUGUGAAAGUGCCAGAAAUUGUGAAAGUGUUCGAAAAUCGGUCGCUGGAUUAUUGGAUUGUGGAAUUCGGUGAUUUUUUGGAUUUAGGAGUUUACGAUUUGACUUUGAAUUAUACUGGAAAAUUUGGAGGCGAUGGAAAGAAGAUUGUUGGAUUUUAUAAGAGCAACUAUUGGGAUGAGGAAAGGAACCAGACAAGAGUGAUUGCUACAAGUAAAUUCGAGCCAACUUUUGCAAGGCUGGCCUUUCCCUCUUUCGAUGAACCUGCAAUGAAGGCCGAAUUUACGGUCAGGAUUGUCAGGCCUUCCGAAGAUGACUAUAUAGCCUUGUCUAACAUGAACGAAGUGAAAGCAGAGCCAGAUGUCCCUUCAAAGGGCCUGACCACAGUCCACUUUGCAAAGAGUGUCCCUAUGUCAACUUAUCUGGCCUGUUUUAUAGUCUGUGACUUCAAAUACAAAGAGGCCAAAAUCCAGAAUGCAGAUGGCCAAAGCUUUAAUUUCAGAUCAUAUGCCACUCCGGCCCAACAGGAAAAAGUUAAUUUUGCUACUGAUACUGGUGUAAAAGUUACAGAAUAUUACAUAAGGUACUUUGAUGUCAACUACCCACUUCCAAAAUUAGAUAUGAUAGCGAUCCCAGAUUUUGUAUCUGGUGCCAUGGAGCAUUGGGGUUUGGUAACAUUUAGGGAAACAGCCUUAUUUUACGAUAAGAACAUCAGCUCUACGGCUAAUAAACAAAGAGUUGCCACUGUAGUUGCUCAUGAAAUCUCUCAUAUGUGGUUUGGAAAUCUCGGUAUAUAA